CAACUGUGUUCGUAACGGCGGGGUACCGUGUGAGAACCAAACCCCCCAUGUGUGACCACUGAGGCCGACCCUUCCCAGCUCAGUUAUUCUUGAACUGCUGGAUGGAUAAAAAUAGAUCAGCCUCGUUCUAGGCAUGAGGAGCUUGUUUCUUGGCUUGCUUAUCCGGUCUGCAGUAGUCGACGCUCGCAUCAAAGUGGCUUUACUUCACACUGAAUUUAUCUAAUAUUUCUCUCUUCAUAGUGAGACUAGGAACAAGACAUCGGAUUUGGUACAUACAUCGCCUGCUUUAAAACACCGUGAACGUGGACUGUCUUGUGUGCGUCCUGCCGUGCUGUUGUGUGUGGUGGAAUUCGUGUAGCUGGCUGUUUAGGAAGUCGCGGCCAGGCUGUAGAGUGAGGGAGGGACGCAGAGAGAGAAAGAGCUAUAUAGUAGUACAGGCGGGAACUAAAUUCAACCAGCAACAUGGGGUUAGGAGGGUGCUAUUCAUGCAUCAAAUAUUUGAUGUUCGCUUUCAACUUCCUCUUCUGGCUGAUAGGAUGUGCCUUACUGGGCCUUGGCAUUUGGAUCCGGGUUGACCCCAACUUUGAGAAGUAUGUCAAUAGUCAGGACCAGUUCAACAUGCUCUACACGGCAGCCUACAUCCUCAUCGCUGUGGGCAUCAUCAUCAUGGUGAUAGGCUUCCUCGGCUGCUGUGGAGCCAUCCGCGAAAACACCUGCAUGCUGGGUGGAUUUUUCGUCUGCCUCUUCAUCAUAUUUGCAGUGUUGUUGGGAUUUGGUAUCUGGGCUGUGGUAUCCAAAGACACGCUGCGAGCGAAUAUAGAGGACACCCUGGUUUCCUGGGUGAACAAGUACAGAGAUGACCCAGCUGCACGUAACGUCAUGGACAACAUCCAGAGAGACUUUGACUGCUGUGGAGCUAAGAGGGGACGCAGGGACUACCCAAGUGACUUGGAGCCCGAGUCGUGUAAAAAGCAGUUCUAUGAAGAGCCAUGUGCUGAUUCUUUUUUCAAAUGGGUGUCGGACCACAUGUUAAUCAUCGCUGGAGUAGCUAUUGGAAUUGCUAUCGUACUGAUCCUUGGAAUGGUCUUCUCAAUGGUCCUUUGCUGUGCAAUCAAAGAAGUGAAUGCAUAGAGUGUUUGCGAUCGUUUGGUAGGCUAUAGAGCUCAUUCAUAGACAACCAAGAUAGCUGAAGAGUUUUGUUUUUCAUUGUGUACACACUGUCUAUUUUUUUGUGGUUAACCCUUUUUGGGUCAUUUUUAGCAUGUUAAUAAUGCUUGCCCAUUC